AUUUUGAAGCCUUCUCAAACAUGAAGAAGUUAAGAUUGCUCAUUAUUCAUAAUCUUGUCUUGGAAAUGAGAGAUGGUCAGACACUGAAUAUUACACAUCUUUCUAAAGAGUUACGAUUCCUUAGGUGGCAUAAAUUUCCUGCCAAAUAUUUGCCAUCAAAUAUCCAACGAGGUGGACUUGUUGAAUUGAAGUUGUGGUUGAGCAAACACCUUUGGAACAACGCUAUCAAGCCUUUAAACAAUUUGAAAACCAUUGACAUAAGUUAUUCAACAAAUUUAAGAAAGUUUGAAGACUUUGGGGUGGUUCCAAAUCUAGAGAAGUUGAUUGUUGUAGGUUGUGUAAAUCUAUUGGAGAUUCCCCCAUCCAUCAGACUUCUUGAAAGGCUUAUUAUCUUGAACCUGAAAGGUUGCAUUCGUCUGCAAAAUCUUCCAACAAGCAUGGGUGGUUUGAAAUCUCUCAAAGUUCUAAACCUUGAAGGUUGUGUAAGCCUUACCAACUUACCAGAGGACUUGGGAGUGGUUCCAUAUCUGGAGAAGUUGAUUCUUGAAGAUUGUAGAAACCUAGUGGGGAUUCCCCCUUCCAUCAGACUUCUUGAAAGGCUUCUUAUCUUGAACCUGAAAGGUUGCAUUCGUCUACAAAAUCUUCCAACAAGCAUGGGUGGUCUGAAAUCUCUCAAAGUUCUAAACCUUGAAGGUUGUGUAAGCCUUACCAACUUACCAGAGGACUAGGGGUUUUUAAGUAGUUUAGAAGAGCUUAAUUUGAGAGGCAUUUCUGUUGAAGAUAGAGAUCUACCAUCUUCCAUUGCACUUCUUGAAAACCUUAAAACACUAUCUUGUAGUGGAGGACGACAAUGGAACAAUAUGAUGAAUAUCAUUGUUGAAAAAGGUCUCUCAUCAUCGGCUGGUCUAUUUUCUUUGAAAGAAUUGGAAUUGAUCAGCUGUGGUCUUGGCAAUGGAGCAUUUCCUGAAAAUCUUGGCUGCUUAAUUCCUUUAGAACGUUUAGACCUCCCGAAAAACAAUUUUUCUUGCCUACCUAUCAGUUUGAAUAAACUAUC